GUAAAGGCGACGCCAUCAUGUUGCCUGUAUAAAUCGGUAAUAAUCGAUUCAAGAGGGUUUAAAUUCUGGCAUUGACUUCUUCCGAAAUCAAUGUUGAGAAAUUCCGGACUCAAAUAGUUCAAUUUCCCGUUCAUUCGUCCACCGGGGACCCGACAAUAUGAGGGCGUCAGGUAACGACGGCGUCAGAGUCGCGACGGAGCAGACUCCCCUGCUGGCGGCCGAAGACAUCGCCGCAGUCAACGAGGCCGUCAUUGAACCAGUUCAGGACGGAAAUGACGACACCAACAACGUCGACGACAAGCCGUUGCCCGUAUGGCAGAUCGCCGUCUUGUGCUACGCCCGCUGGGUGGAACCUGUCGCCUUCUUCUCCAUCUUCCCCUAUAUCAACAAGAUGGCUCAGGAGAACGGCCACUUGGACAACGCCGACGUGGGCUUCUACAGCGGCCUGAUCGAGUCGCUCUUCUCGCUCACCCAAAUGUUUGUCAUGAUCCUAUGGGGAAAGGCCGCCGACCGCCUCGGCCGCAAGCCCGUGCUCGUCUUCUCGCUGGUCGGCGUCUCGUUCGCCACGACCCUCUUCGGCAUGGCCCGGACCAUCUGGCAAAUGGUCCUCUUCCGCUGCCUGGCUGGCGUCUUUGCCGGCACUAUCGUGACCAUUCGGACCAUGAUCUCGGAGCACAGCACCUCAAAGACACAAGCCCGAGCCUUUAGCUGGUUCGCCUUCACCGGCAACCUGGGCAUUUUGUUUGGGCCCCUGAUCGGUGGUGCCCUCGCCGACCCUGCCAGGCAGUACCCGGGCCUUUUCGGCAACGUCGGCUUCUUUCUCGACUACCCUUACGCUCUCCCCAGUCUGGCCGUAGGCGUGAUAGGCCUCUCGGCGGUAGUCGUCACGGCCAUCUGGACCGAAGAGACUCUGGUUCGCCAUCAUGCCGACGCAACUAGCGGCGCCGAGGAUUCCGCCACUCCAAAACCUCAGGAAUAUUCCACUCGGGACCUAAUCAAAUCCCGCGGCGUACCGAUAGUCUUGUUUACCUAUGGGUACAUCAUGCUGCUGGCCUACUCAUACACAGCCAUCGUCCCCGUGUUUUGGUUCACCAAAGUCCACCUGGGCGGUUUCGAGUUCACCCCGCUCCAAAUCUCCCUCAUGCUGGGCCUGAACGGCGCGUCGCAAGCCAUCUGGGUCCUGCUCGUCUUCCCGCCGCUGCAGCACCGCAUCGGCACCAACGGCGUCCUCCGAGUCUGCGCCACCGCCUACCCGUUCUUCUUCGCCGUCUGCCCGCUGCUCAACCUGCUCUUGCGCGCCGGCACCGACGCCAGCGUCGCGGCGUUUUGGGUCGUGGCGCCUGUGGCGCUGUGCCUCGGCUGUGGGAUCAGCAUGUCGUUCACGGCCAUCCAGCUGGCGCUCAACGACGUCUCGCCCAGCCCGGCCUUGUUGGGCAUGCUGAAUGCGCUGGCACUGGCGAAUGUCAGCGGUGUCAGGUCAUUCUCGCCCGCGCUGUUUGCAGGCUUGUUUGCUGUUGGCGCGCGUACACAGUGGCUGUGGGGGUAUGCUAUUUGGGUGCUGAUGGUGCUGCUUGCGCUGGGCUUUACUGUGCUCAGUCGGUAUAUGCCGGAUUAUGAUGAGAUGAGGCGGGAGAGGGAGAGGGACGAGAGGCUGUGAGGGUUGGGUUUGCAACAAUGGGGUGGAUGAAUAGAUCCAGUUGGGUUUCAAAAAAGCAGCGGUCUAAGAUGUGAUACCACUGGGAAAUACAAAGGGUCUUGGAGUCUGUCGACUUCGUGUUGCUGUAAAAGAGGCAUGGGAAAAGGUCCCUGAAGACUGGCUCUUGGAAUUAGUUCAGAGUAUGCCCGACCGCGCUCAUGCAGUUAUCGCGGCAAAUGAG